AUGUCUGCUAGUGAACCGGCUUCUGCGCCGUCAUCUGGUCUGACACAAGAGACAACUUACAAACCACGGUAUCUUGAUAUUGGUAUCAACCUCGCAGAUCCCAUCUUCCGUGGCCAGUAUCACGGCACCCAACGCCACCCCGAUGACCUCAGUGCCGUUGUGUCAAGAGCCCGAGAAGUCGGUUGCCACAAACUCAUAGUCACAGGCUCCGACUUCACGAGUUCUAGAGAUGCGCUUGAGAUAGCGAAAGAAUAUCCCGGCACUGUAUACACGACGGCCGGAAUACACCCAUGUUCCAGCGCGAUAUUCAGCACAACCCAUUCUCACAUAGAUACAAACGGGCACACUAUGCCCUGUGACCCGGACCCCUCUAAACCCAUCCCGGAAGAUGACGAGCCUGACGUCGAGCGGACGGCGUCAAUCAUCCACGAGCUGCGGGAGCUCAUCGAACAAGCGCGGAGCAGCACUUCCGGCGCCAGCCCGCUCGUCGCCUUCGGCGAGUUCGGGCUCGACUACGACCGGCUGCACUACUGUUCGCGCAAGAUCCAGCUGCACUCCUUCGCCGCGCAGCUCGACCUAGCCCUCUCCCUCCGGCCGCAACUGCCCCUAUUCCUGCACUCGCGGGCCGCGCACGCCGACUUCGUGGGCCUGCUCAAGGAGAAAUUCGGCCCGCGGCUCGAGAAGCUUGAGCGCGGCGCCGUCGUCCACAGCUUCACGGGCACCGCCGAGGAGAUGCGCGAGCUCAUGGAUCUCGGCUUGUAUAUCGGCACCAACGGCUGCAGCUUCAAGACCGCGGAGAAUUGCGCCGUGGUUCGCGAGAUUCACCUCGACCGCCUCAUGCUCGAGACUGACGGUCCCUGGUGCGAGGUGCGCCCUAGCCACGAGGGCUGGAAGUACCUUAUCGAGCAGCAGCAGCUGCCGCAGCUGCCGCCGAAACCCGCGGACGCAGUAGAUGCGAGUGCCAGUACGGCCGCGAGUGCCGAGGUGAACAGCGCCGAGACCACGGGUUCUAGUACGCCGUCGGAACCGACCAAGCAGCAACCCAAGGGCAAGCAACAACAACAACAAUCUAAGAAACAACCCAAGAAAAAGGAGCCGGAGGUGCCAGAGCGUUACAAAGUCGUUAAGAAAGAGAAAUGGGUCGAGGGCGCGAUGGUAAAGGGUCGGAAUGAGCCGUGUAUGAUCGAGCGCGUGGGCAAGAUUGUCGCCGGCAUCAAAGGAGUGUCGGUAGAAGAGGUAUGCGAGGCAGCUUGGCGGAAUACGACUAAAGUAUUCCCCGUAGACGAUUAG